AUGAAUAUCCUUUCACCACUCUACAAUUAUCACUUGCAUGUAGAGGAGGCAGAGGCCCAAUUGCGAGAAGAAGCCAAGAUCAUCGAACGAAUGACACGCGACAACAAAAGCAAACAGGAUCAGAUCAACGCCAUGGAGAAUCUGCUACAACGUGAAGCUGAAAAACACCAAGAAAUGCGGCGAUUACUGGAAGACGAGCACGCAACGCAGAAACAUCAAGCUGAUCACGAAAUCGAAGUACUGCGUCGUCAGGUUUGCCAAUUGGAACUUCAUGUGGAGGCGUACGACGUACUGGAAGCUGCAAAUGGCAAGCUGCGCGAUCGUGUGGAACAAUUGAUGCUGGAGAUGGAGCAGGAGAAUAAGACGCACGCUGAAGAAAUUUAUAAAGUGCGUCUGGACAUGUUCAACCACAAAAUGGCACUAGAAAAGACAUUCCGGAAAGCGCUUCAAGAGCUCGAUGCAGAUUACCUCAAGAAAGCAUUCCACGCUAUGUCGGAAGAAAGUAAGAACGCUUUAGUAGCGAAUGCUAAACUCAAAGAUGAGUUACAGCUGCAGAGCAUCGGUGUUGACAACCUGAUGCAUCGAUUUACACAGCAGGCAAAGCACUUUCAGAGAAUGAAAGUAGAGAACGAGAUAUUGGAGCAGGAAAGUCACCUUCGACUACAAGAGGUGGCCGCAAUGAAGAAAAUUCACCUUACAGCUUCACGAACAAUCGACAAACUCAAGGAAGAUGUGAAUAAAGAGGAGCAGGAAUGGAAAGAGCACACAAAUAAAGUGGUUGAAGACCUUCGCCACGACAACCAACAUCUGCACAAGCUACAUGAACUAGCACAGAAACGUUGCAACAAGUGGAAGUCAAGAUGCAUGGAGCUAACGGAGCGAGAGGCCGCACGACGAACAGAUGAACAACGUGCCCAGACUGCCCCAGCAGCAGCCACAGCGCUAUCAUCGAUGAUCCGAGUGCGCAGUCAGCCGGCGUUCUCUCCGCAUGUAACACCGACUAUGAGCUUCUCUGCCCGUGACAAAGGCCCCAAUAUUAACUACGAUGAAAUGUGGAGUCACGCUUUUGCUCUUCGAACAAACCAGCAUAACGACUUGACGAUCGGAUUUGUCGAAAAAUUUGACAAGAAGACGAAAAAACUUGCCAAAGUUGUCCUUCAGCAAACUGAAAGCGAGACUAUUGUACCAUCAGGUACUGACGAAUCGAUCGAGCAGCUGCACCGAAUAGCCACCUCCGCUCUGGACAUGGUCUCAGCUAGAGCUGCAACGAGUCAGACUUCCAGAAAAAAAACGCAUCGUCUUGGUCCGACUAUUGUGCCGCGCAAAGGACAGAGUAUCGAUGCGUUUAAUUUUGCCAGCUAG